AAUAUAUUAGGCUACACACCCUCCAGUGAUUUCAUCAUCAUUAGAAUGGCCUCCUUUUGGUAUUGUUCAGCAGUCAUUAUGGUUUUCAUGGCCUCGCCAUUGCUUGCUUUACCAUCUGUACCCAAUCCAAAACCCAGCUCGCCUUUCCAAGAACUCUCCCCUGAAAUUGCUCCAUUAUUGCCUUCUACUGGUGAUAAGAUUCCCUCUGCAACUGGUUCUUCUAUUCCCACCAUUCCUUCCAACCCCAGCCCCCCAAAUCCAGAUGACUUCGAAGCUCUUGGCCCUGAUUCCUCUGCCCUUUCGCCAUUUGGCCUCCCAGGUUCCUUUGCACCUCCUAAUUCCUUGCCUUGCUAUUCAAAUUGGCUUCUUCUUCUUCUCAAUGGCUUAGCACUACUUGCCUUCUCUAUGCACUUACAUUGAUUCUGGAAACAUCUUUCUGCAUAAAGGAGUUCCAAUUCUACUUGUACUUGAUUCAUCAUAUCCCAGAAUGUUUCCCCUUCUUUUUUUACUCUUCUGUUAAUUUCAUUUUUCUGAGUAUAUGGAAAAUGGUACUUUUAGUUUAGCUUCUUUCCGUUCAUCCAUUGCUGGGGAAAUUCAGAUCAUAUUUGUACUAUAAAGCAUAUAUAGAAUAGCGUUUUUCAGUCUUUGAUUUUUGAUUUA